AUGAAGAAGCGGACGGCAAACGACGUUCAGUCAUGGCGUCCACCACAGCAGACGGCGAUGCCUACGCUGCAACACCAGCAACCGUUGCAGCAGCAGCAGCCGCAGCCGCCAAACGCGUUCGCUAACCAUGCCCCCUGGUAUAGCCCGUCUCAUUAUCCUCCUCAGCAGCCCGACAUGACUCGGCGCGACCAGCAGCAGCAACAACAGCAGCAGCAGCAGCAGCAACAACAACAACAGCAGCAGCAGUUGGACUUUCGGGGAUAUGCUCAGCCACCACAGCAGGCCACCCAACAACAACAGCAUGCUGCCCAUCAGCAGCACCCUCAACAUCCGCAACAACACCAUGCUGCUCCGCCGGUCCAGCAGUCCAUGGGCCAUGCUCAACAGCCGCAGGCUCCACCUCCCCAGCAGCAGACCCCCACCCCGGCCCCUGCGCCGGCUCCGUCGAGACGGAAGCGGCCCCAGACCGGCGGUCACCCCCCGGCCCAUCCUCCGCCGCACGCGCCCCAGCUGAGUGCUCAGCAUGCUCAGCACCCACAACAUGCUGUCCAGCACACUCAGCACCCGCAUGCCCCACAGCAUAUUGCUCAACACCCUCAACACCCUCAGCACACUCAACAACAUCCCCAGCAGCAUGCUCAGCAGCAUGUUCAGCAGCAACAUGUUCAGCAGCAGCAUGCUCAGCAACAGCAUGCCCAACAACAUGCUCAGCAGCAUACUCCUCAGCAUCAACACGCUUCGGUGCCUCCCCCGCAACAGCAGCAGGUUCCUCAGCAAGCUCCUCACGCGGCACCUCAGCCCCAACAGGUCCCCGUUCAACAGCAACACCCACAGCAUGUGCAGCAUCCGGGCCACCCGCAGCAUCAGCAGCAGCAGCAGCAGCCCCCACAGGUCCAGCAGCAGCAACCGCCAGCUCCCGUACCAGCUCCCACUCCGGUUGCUGCUCCCGCUGCGGUCCAAGUACCAACGGCUCAGGUGAAGGCUCCGCCCCCAGACGAUGUGACACCUGCUCCGCCCCCACCUCCGGCAAAGAAGAGCCGGACAAACACGCCGUGGACGCCGGCGGAGGAGCUUCGGCUGAAGCAGAUGCGUGAUGCCGGUAACAGUUGGGCAGAAAUUGCCAAGACCUUUCCCGCUCGCACAGAGGGUAGUGUGAAGAAGCAUUGGUAUAAGGAUAUGCACUAUGCUGAAUUUGCAGAGGAUGAGUCCGCGGCGUUGAUGAGUGCCAUCAAGGAGUACGAAAACAACAAAUGGAAGGUCAUUGGGCAGAAGGUUGGCAAGCCGGCCAAGGCCUGUGAACAAUACGCAAAGGAGCAUUUCCCAGCUGUUUGCGAACCAAAAGAGAUGAUGCAUUUGCCGGCUUCUUUUUCCUAA